AUGGAUGGCUCAAUGGACAGUGCUCAAGUCGGGAGGUACGAGAAGAAAGGCAUUUGUUUAAGGUCCGGCCUGAGUAUAUUUGCCGUGACAAUUUCACGGAGCAACACGAGUGUAUAUAGCACCUUUGGCUGGAGAUCGGAAAAUGAAAGACUAGUCGUUACUGUUGAUUGGACACAGAGCGCUGUGCUUGCACCACUGUCGAUGCUCGUACUUUUGAGCGUGCCAGCUCGUUGA